AUGGAGAUGACAGUGAUCUCAGCUCAAGGUCUCAAGAAAACGUCGAGCUUAUCAUCUCUUUUCUCUCAUCACCUCCGGCCUUUCAUCACCCUCACCACCACCCCUCCCUCCUCCUCAGGCGGCUUAAACCAGAGCCCUGUGUACACAACGACGGUGGACCAUGAAGGAGGGGUGAAUCCCACUUGGGGCGAUAAGUUUGAUCUUUCUAAUGUUAUUGACUCUAGUUUUUUCUCUCAUAAGUACUCAUGUAUAUACCUACAAUUAUACACAAACCGUCUCUUACUGGGUCCUAGGUUUUUGGGAUGGUGUGGGAUUCCGGCGUCGGAUAUUGCCGAUGGGUUUUCUCCGGCAGGAACUGCGAGGCAAUUGAGUUACAGGUUAAGAAAAAAGGACGGUUCGAGGGGUCAUGGUGUUGUUAAUGUGGUUGUGAAGUUAGAUAGUUCGCUUUUUCAGGCACGGAGGAGAGUAGAUUCUGGUGUGCAACGGUUGCCGGAGGUGAGGUUUGACCGGGUGGCGAUUGGAAUUCCGGUGAAAAUGUUGCCUGCGGUUAGUCAUCAGGGAGUUCAGUAG